AUUCUUCCUCCUUCGCUCGGUGCUCAAUUCUGGUUUGAUCUGCGCUCAGUCACUCUGUCUUUCUCUUCGAAGUUGUUUGAUCCGGAAUGCCGCGAAAAAGUGUCAAGUCUGGGUCCUCGACACGCAUGAAUCAACGUACUCUGGACGCCUUCAUCGGAUCCAGUUCUCCACCUCGUCCUAGCGAAUCGCUUCAGAUCGAACCGAGCUCUCGCUUUCACGGCAAGAAAAAGAGUCGAGUCAGACGUUCAAAACCCAUUCAGGCUGAACAAUCUCAUGAGAGGCUCACAGACGAAGAGGGAAGCCAAAGCAGCGACGUUGGCGAUAUUCAUUUCGAACCUCAAGCGCCCGACGUCGCUGGGGAUAACGAGGAUGAAUCACCUCGCCGACCCAAGACACAGAGGCUUAGGAGACGUAUGAGAAGCGUGACCAGCGAUGAUGAAAACAAUGUUGCGAGCCAGGCCACGAGUGAAGAUGAGGCGGAAUCGCCGGUGACUUGGAGAGGCAAUGUUAGAAAGGGCAAGAGGAAGCAGACACUGAUUCUGGGAGAUUCUGAUGAAGAAGAGCAGCCUCUCCGGAAACGAAAGCUCGUCAAAGGAGUAAGACCAGCUUCACCAGAGGAGAAUGAAGUCGAUCUCUUGGACGAAGUUGAUGAGGAUAAAAUCGUCGAGUCUCGCCUCCGAACGCGAGGCAAGAGAUCCGAAUAUCAAAAGAGCCUUGAGAAGCUCAAAAGGCGGAAGCAAGGCCGACGUCAGUUGAGUCCUUCUAGCGAAGAAGAGGAGCUUGAGCCAGAUUUCAUGCCUUUUGACCAUGCCAAACCGGACCGCAGCUCGAAUGUAUCACAGUCAUUCGAUGGUGAGACCGACGAUGCAGAGCAAGAUUUGGACGCCUUUAUUGUUGAGGACGACGAUAACGUGGCCCCAGAGCUUCCUCCAGAGUUCAGCAUGAAUACGUACCAGGACCUGAACCACCACUUCAAGAUCAUAUGCCAGCUCUUAGUUCAUCUCGCGGUUCAGGAGGCAUCAAACCGACGGCCUGCCAUGGAGCAGUUGCUGCGCAACACGUACUUCUCUGUCCCUCUUCAAAUCACUCGCCGAAAAAUCAUGGGCAUGAGGGAUUCGCUCGUUACAUCUUCAGUGUGGCGGCCGGAACUCAAGAACUCUCUUGAGACAUAUCCAAUCCUUGAGACGGUACGGAUGGAAUUCGCUGUACCUAUGUGCGAUGCUUGUCAUCUUGGUGGUCGUAUGUCCACCAUUCUCGGUAGGCUGAGCGGAAAGCCAUACGACAAAGUCUCCUUCGAGCCAUUGUCAGAACACGAUGACUCUGACAGCAGCGAUGACGAGCAUCCAGAACCGCUGAAGAAAGAGUUCCACCUCGGUAGGUUUUGCGCUGCCAGGACUCGUGUUUUUCACAAGUUCACACACUGGGAGUACGCGCUGUUCACGAGCCUGUUGGAAGAGGUGGAUUUGCUUCGAAACGAUGACUCCCAUGGGUUCGUCCGGGUCGCAUUUGCGGGAGGCAGGAAGCCUCCUGACGACCUGUCCGAUGCAGACGCUAUCAUGGACUGGCUCGAUGAACGGGAAAUAAUCAACAUUGAGUGGAAAAGAGUCAAUGAUAUGAUGGAGGAGGCCAGAAACCUUGAGAUGAAAGCCAGAAAAGGCGACGAUGACAUCGACUGACGCAGACGAAUGAUACAUAUAGCUUGAGGUGAACUUGUACGUCCUAGCAUCGCAAUUUCCUUCGCUUGAGCUCUGCCCGUGUACACUAGUAUGAUCGCUCCAUCCAAU